UCAAGAAAUGGCUAUUCCUCUGUGGAAGAACUUAUUUCAGACUGCAAAGGAAAGGAUACUACAACAGAGAAUGUUAUCACUGUAUAACGGUGCUCAUGGCUACAAGGAAGAAUUGAUAAAGAAGAAACUUCAACAGUUUGCUGGUGGAUCCAUCAAUCUUUCCAAAGAAGAAAAUGGCAUUGGAAUACUGACUGUGAACAACCCGAAGCUAAUGAAUGCCUUUACAGGUACUAUGAUGGUAGAACUCCAGGAGAGGAUAACUGAACUGGAAAACUGGAAGGAUGGCAAAGGCCUUAUCAUCUAUGGUGCAGGAAACACCUUUUGCUCAGGAUCUGAUUUGAAUGUUGUCAAAGAAAUAUCCAACUCCCAGGAUGGGAUGAAUAUGUGCAUGUUCAUGCAAAGCACCUUAACCAGACUUAUGAGAUUGCCUUUGAUCAGUGUUGCACUAGUCCAAGGAAAAGCUUUUGGAGGAGGAGCAGAACUUACCACAGCGUGUGAUUUCAGGUUGAUGACGCCUGGAAGUGAAAUUCGUUUUGUCCACAAGCACAUGGGUCUGGUGCCAGGCUGGGGAGGAGCUGCGCGGCUGGUGCGGAUCGUCGGCAGUGGGGCAGCCCUGCAGCUGCUGAGUGGGGCUGUACGGGUGGGCCCUGAGAAGGCUUUGCACCUGGGGUUCUCCCAGGGGACACUGUCCACUGCAGAUGAAACCAAAGCAUUAGAAGAAGCCCGAGCCUGGCUGAGUCAGUACACAGAGGGUCCAACCAGUGUGAUCCGGGCUGUGAAAAAGGUGGUGACAGCAGGAAGAGAGCUUCCACUGGAAGCUGCCCUAAGGACAGAGAAGGACAUUUUUGGAACUGUAUGGGGUGGGCCUGCCAAUCUGGAGGCCUUGGUUAGAAGACCAAAACAUAAAUGACCACCAGUGCAUAAGAAAUGUUCUUGACCUCUUUGCAAAUAAAGCUUUCACUAAAACAGACAUGAAAGUGAAUCCUUUAA